UGUGAAAUCACAGCCACAAUAAAUGCUGAGUAUUGAAUGCAGCACCUACCCAUUUUCUUUUCCUUCUCUCUUUCCCUUUUCUUCACCAAAUGGAUCCUUCCCUUGACCCCAAAUGUCCACUCCUUCCCCUUCUUCAAACUAUCUCACCAACUUAGGCCUCGGCUAUUCCAUUGUCAUCGCCGUCGGUUUCCUCGUCCUCCUCUCCACCGUUCUCCUCGCUUCCUACAUCUGCUUCCGCUCUUCGUCUCGCGCUUUCUCUCCGAAUCCCACCGCCAUCGCCACCGCCGCCUCCAACUCUUACGGAAUCAUACUCCCGAGAAUCGUUUUCGUCGGCGAAAACGAAGACAGCGAGAACAUCGUCGUUGGACUCGACCAGGCCGUUAUAAAUUCUUACCCAAAGUUCCAGUUCAGUAAAGAGUCGGCUUCUGCCAACUUGAACACUACGUGUUCAAUUUGCUUGUGCGAGUAUAAGGAUUCGGAGAUGCUAAGAAUGAUGCCCGAGUGUAAACAUUGUUUCCAUGUCUUUUGCAUCGAUUAUUGGUUGAAACUAAACGGAUCUUGUCCCGUUUGCCGGAACUCGCCGCUUCCGACACCACUUUCCACGCCGUUGUCGGAAGUCGUGCCUUUAUCUCAGUUCGCUGCCGAUCGGUGGAGGUCCGGGUGACUUUUGGGUGUUCUUUUCUUCAUUUUAGUUAGCAAUUCGCCUUCUUUGAAACGGGAGGAAGAAGAAGAAGAAGAA